UUGUCAAUGUGGUAACUGAUUUGUAGAUUUGUUUGUUAUUUACAAUUUAAUCAUUUAUUACGUGUUUCGUUGGUGAAAAUCAUUUGCAUUAAUAAAAAGAAGUACAUUCCUCAAUAUUUAAGUAGAACCGCUAAAAAAAAAUAUAUUUAUACGCUAAUUACGUCUGUUUUCUUGGAGAGCCUGAAGUUGAUCGGAUUAGUUUCAGGAGUAUGGCUGUUUGGCAGAAUAAGUGGCGCUGGGAUACGAGAUACAGCGCCGACUCUGUAGAGUGGUGUCCCGUAGAACCAUACCGAGACGUGCUCGUCUGCGGAACUUACCAGUUAGACAAUACAGCUGAAGGCAACACGGCAUCGAAACAAACGAGAUUAGGCAAAAUAUAUUUAUUUGUUAUAAACGAGAACACUGAAGUGUUGGCCCCUGUUCAUUCGAUUGACACCGCAGGGAUAUUGGACCAGAAAUGGUGCUACCACAAGCUACAAAACUGCCCGACACUUGCCGUUGUAACAUCCGUUGGUACUCUGCAACUUUACCAGUUGACCAACGAAGACGGAGUAUUACAGUUGGCGUUAUGGAUAGAGCACACGAUUUGUGAGAAUGGGUUAGCUCUCUCCGUUGAUUGGUCGACCAAUAAAAAGUAUUCAGAUGAACCUUAUCUGGCAGUCAGUGAUUCUGCAGGUUGUAUUCAUAUUUUAAGAAUAGUAGAAAAUUGUGUUAAAGUCGUAGGUAAAUGGAAGAGCCAUAGUUUCGAGGCUUGGAUCACAGCAUUUAAUUACUGGAACUCUGACGUAUUUUAUUCAGGGGGCGAUGAUUGCGUAUUCAAGGGUUAUGACGUUCGAGUCCCUGAUGUAUCCACGAUUGUGAACAAGAAGCACGAGGCUGGCGUCACCUCGAUAAGGAGCCAUAUUGACGAGGAGUAUCAGCUACUGACUGGCAGUUAUGAUGAAAAAGUUCGUCUCUGGGACACGAGGAGUUUAAAAUGUAGCGUGCGAGAGUUGGAUGUCAACGGCGGUGUGUGGCGAUUAAAAUGGCAUCCAAACAAGCCAUGCACUGUCCUAGCGGCCUGCAUGUACGGCGGGUUCCGUAUACUACGCGUCAACGACGAAAUAGAAAUCCUUAGCGAGUAUUUAGAACAUGAGAGCAUCGCGUACGGAGCUGAUUGGAAAUGCAAUAGUGACCUUGUAGCUACUUGCUCUUUUUACGACUGUAAAAUGCAUGUCAGCCAAAUUAUUAUGUAAUUAGUUAGUAGUAGUUUUUUUAGUCUUUGACUGCCUCGUUCGCCACAACUCACAAGUGCGA